AUGCGAAUCGCAAUUGUGGCCGUUGGCUUUUUGGCCACACUGAUGGCACUCACAAUCAACAGCAUCUAUGGAUUGUGGUAUUUGUGUGCCGAUCUGGUCUAUGUGAUUCUAUUUCCACAAUUGGUUUGCGUUGUUUAUAUGGAACGAUCAAACACAUACGGUUCAAUUGCUGGUUAUAUCGGUAAUUCUCAAUCGCAUUCCUAA